GUGGGUCAGACUCAUAACAAGGUAUGACGAGUUAACCAGCUUUCGCGACUCGUUUACAAGCAGAUUUUCCUGAUACUGUCAAAAGAUGGAUUUUAUGAAAGAAGAGAGUGAAGACAUGACUAAUGAAACUCCAUGCAGAAUAAAAAGUCAAGAGACCGAGAAACAAAUAGACUCAAAGGUGAAAGAGGAAAGUCAAGAACUGAAUGAAGAGCAGAAGCUCCAUCACUGUCAGAAUCAUUGCAAUUUCAUAAAAAAACAAAAACCUUUUAGUUUCUCACAAAAUGUUAAGAAAGAAAAAACUGAACGAAAAAAAGCCAAAAAUCCCUCAACCUUCUGUAAGCUUGGAAAUAGAUUUACAGAGAAAAGAAUCCUUACAAGUUCCAGAAGAAUUCACACUGGAGAGAAGCCUUUCACCUGCCAUCAGUGUGGGAAGAGUUUUAAAUAUCAUAGAAAUCUUAAUAGGCACAUGAGAAUUCACACUGCAGAGAAGCUUUUCACAUGUCAUCAGUGUGGAGAUAGUUUUGCACUAAACCGAGAUCUACAGAGGCACCAGAGGAUUCACACUGGAGAGAAGCCUUUCACCUGUCAUCAGUGUGGAAAGAAUUUCACAAAAAAAGGAAACCGAGAUAUUCACAUGAUGAUUCACACUGCAGAGAAACCUUUCACCUGCCAUCAGUGUGGGAAAAGUUUUAAAAAUCGUGGAAACUUAAAUAAGCACAUCAGAAUUCACACUGGAGAGAAGCCUUUCACAUGCACUCAGUGUGGAAUGAGUUUCACAUUUCAUGGAAUUCUUAGAUUGCAUAUGCGAGUUCACACUGGAGAGAAGCCAUAUACGUGUCAUCAGUGUGGAAACGGUUUCACACAGAAAGGAAACCUUGAUAUGCACAUGCGAGUUCAUACUGGUGAGAAGCUUUUUACGUGUCAUCAGUGUGGAAAGGGUUUCACGCGUAGAGGAAGAUUUGAUUUACACAUGCAAAUUCACACUAGAGAGAAACCUUUGACUUGCCAUCUGUGUGGAAAAGGAUUCAUAAAAGAAAGAAGUCUCAAAACUCAUCGGUGCUCUGCAGUAGAAUCGGUCCAAAAACACACCUGAAAAUGCUGUUGUGUCAACUCAACUUAAAAUUUUAAGGCAACUUGCUGCACUGCUUUUUUGAGUUAACUAAAUUUUUUGUUCAAGUUCACUGAACUUGUACUCUUCUGUUCAGCUGAUGGAGUUUAUUUUUAUUUAAACUAGUAAUAUUUUUUUGAUAUGACUCAGAGUAUGUUCUGAGGACUUGUGUUUUACAUAAAAAGGUGUUUUAUUCUAGUUAACAUUAAAUAAGACAAUCAAAUAAAGCUAGAACUGCAGGCUUAAGGUUUUGUUGCAACUUUUUUGAAACUCCACAACAGCAGCAACUGCUCCUUUUUUCCACAUUUGCAAUUUGAACAAAU